CCUUUUGUCCUCAAAAUACUCAAAUUAACUUCUUAUCACGGUUUUUUAAAGCAGUAUUAACUAAAAAAACUCCUUCUUUAACUCAGGGAAGUAAAUCGCCCUUGGUUGAAUUAAGGAAGACCGGAGUAUAUAAUUUAGGGGUAGAUUUAGAAAAUUUUACUCCUGCUUAUGAGAUAAUUGCGGAAAAAAAAGCCAUCGCUCAAGAAACUGCCAAAUCAUUAGGAGUAGACCCCUUAAAAUGUCAACGUUUGCUUUUUUACGAAAUAACCCCUCGUAGCAUUAAAGAAGCCUUAAAUAAUCCCUUGACUAUCAACCAAAAUUUAGUCGAGUCUCAACUUUCCCGACAAGUACUAGAUCGCAUGAUUGGCUUUUGUCUUAGUACAAUGCUACGAAAAAAACUCCAAGCCUUAUCGGCCGGUCGGGUUCAGUCAGUGGUUUUGAAGUUAAUUACUGAACGAGAAGAAUUAAUAAAAAAAUUUGAAAAGAAAAAAGUUUAUAUUAUUUGUGGGAUUUGCCCAAUAAACGAACAAAAGAUAACUUUAAAGCAAGUUGAUGAAACCGGCGAAUUAGUUAUUUAUAAGGACAAGAAAGAAGCGGAGGAAAUUAGAAAAAAACUGGGAACAAUUUUUCAAUUAACUGGCCAAAAAGAAGAAAAAAAGUUUAUUUUACCAAAACCGCCUCUAAUUACUUCUUUAUUAUUAUUUGAGGCCAAAUCCCAAUUAGGUGCCGAUUAUGCUAAUACUAACCCAGCUUGGAAAAAGAAGGAAAAGACCCUUAAUGUUCAGGGUGCUCAUGAAUCCAUUCAUCCUACUUACUUAAAUUAUCAUCCCGAAGAUGUUAAGAGUUCUUUGUCGGGGGAAGAAUAUAGUUUAUAUAAAUUAGUGUAUAAUCACACUUUGGCUAGUUUAAUGAGUCCAGCCCAAGUUAACAAAAUUACUUAUAAUUUUCUUAAUAAUAAUUAUUACUUUUCCACGGCGGAAAGAAUUUGUCAAUUUGCUGGAUUUUUGGCUUGUUCUCCCACCGUUUAUUUUCCUAAUUAUAAUGUUAAGUUAAAGAGUGAGUUAGAAGCAAUUUCGCAACUCGAAGCCAAAAAAAUUGAAGUUCAAGAAUACCAAGAAAAUAAACCAGUUCGUUAUAACGAAGGUAGUUUAGUUCAAGAGUUAGAAAAAUUGGGAAUUGGCCGUCCCUCAACUUAUAAUUUAUUCGGUCGGGUACUAUUAAAAAGAGGCUAUGCUGAGUUAAAUGAAAAAGGGCAGUUCGUUCCCACUCCCUUAGGAAUUUCAGUUAAUAAUUGA